AGCUGCCGCCGAGGAAGGCGAAGGCGGACGGAGCGGAGGACUCAGCGGCGGCAGGCAGCGGGGGUCUCUCUCUGGCCGGGCUCCGCAGUGCAGCUGCAGGGAAGGAAGCAGGGAAGGAGCCCCAGGCCCCCCGAGCAAGCAAAGGGGAGGCAGGGCAGGGUCCGGCCCAGGCACCAUGCUGAACAACCUGACGGACUGCGAGGAGGGCGACGGCGGCGCCAGCCAAGGUGAUGGCAACCCCAAAGAGAGCAGCCCUUUCAUCAACAGCACCGACCUGGAGAAGGCGAAGGAGUAUGAUGGGAAGAACAUGGCUCUCUUUGAGGAGGAAAUGGACACCAGCCCCAUGGUGUCCUCUUUACUCAGCGGCCUGGCCAACUACACCAACCUGCCCCAAGGCAGCCGGGAGCACGAAGAGGCUGAGAACAAUGAUGGAGCCAAGAAGAAGCCGGUCAAGGCUCCUCGAAUGGGCACCUUUAUGGGUGUCUACUUGCCCUGCCUGCAGAACAUCUUUGGCGUCAUCCUCUUCCUCCGAUUGACAUGGGUUGUGGGCAUCUCUGGGAUCAUGGAGUCCUUCUGCAUGGUCUUGCUCUGCUGCUCCGCCACGAUGCUGACCGCCAUCUCCAUGAGUGCCAUUGCAACCAACGGAGUGGUGCCAGCCGGUGGGUCCUACUACAUGAUCUCCCGUUCCCUCGGCCCAGAGUUCGGGGGCGCCGUGGGUCUCUGCUUCUACCUGGGCACCACUUUUGCAGGUGCCAUGUACAUUCUGGGCACCAUUGAGAUCCUGCUGGCCUACAUCUUCCCUGCGAUGGCCAUCUUCAAGGCGGAGGAUGCCAGCGGGGAAGCGGCCGCCCUUUUGAACAACAUGCGGGUCUACGGCACAUGCGUCCUCACCUGCAUGGCCACCGUGGUCUUCGUGGGCGUCAAGUACGUCAACAAGUUCGCCUUGGUCUUCUUGGGCUGCGUCAUCCUCUCCAUCCUGGCCAUCUACGCCGGCGUCAUCAAGUCGGCCAUCGACCCACCCUCCUUUCCGAUCUGCCUGCUGGGGAACCGGACCUUGUCCCGCCACGGCUUUGACAUCUGUGCCAAGGUUGUCCAAGUGGGCAACGAGACCAUUGGCUCCCAGCUGUGGGAACUAUUCUGCACAUCCCGCCUCCUCAACGCUUCCUGUGACGAGUACUUCGAGCUGAACAACGUCACCGAGAUCCAGGGCAUCCCUGGCGCGGCUUCCGGUCUCAUCCAAGAAAACCUCUGGAGUACCUACUUGCCCAAAGGGGUGAUUAUCGAGAAAGCGGGGAUGACCUCUGUGCCCCCCUCGGACACAGCCAUCGACAUGGACCAGCCCUACGUCUUCAGCGACAUGACCUCCUACUUCACCCUUCUGGUGGGCAUCUACUUCCCAUCGGUCACAGGUAUUAUGGCUGGUUCCAACAGGUCGGGAGAUCUGCGGGAUGCCCAGAAGUCGAUCCCCACUGGGACCAUCCUGGCCAUCGCCACCACCUCCACCGUCUACAUCAGUUCGGUGAUCCUAUUUGGCGCCUGCAUUGAGGGCGUUGUGCUCCGGGACAAGUUUGGCGAGGCCGUCAGUGGGAACUUGGUGGUGGGCACCCUGGCCUGGCCCUCGCCCUGGGUCAUUGUCUUCGGCUCCUUCUUCUCCACUUGUGGGGCCGGUCUGCAGAGUCUGACGGGGGCCCCACGCCUGCUGCAGGCCAUCUCCCGGGAUGGGAUCGUGCCCUUCCUGCGGGUCUUUGGCCAUGGCAAGGCGAACGGGGAACCCACCUGGGCCCUCUUGCUGACGGCUUGUAUCUGCGAAAUCGGGAUCCUCAUUGCCUCCCUGGACGAAGUGGCCCCCAUCCUCUCCAUGUUCUUCCUGAUGUGCUAUAUGUUUGUCAAUCUGGCUUGCGCAGUGCAGACGCUGCUGAGGACGCCCAACUGGCGCCCGCGCUUCCGCUAUUACCACUGGACACUCUCUUUCCUGGGCAUGAGCCUCUGCCUCUCACUGAUGUUCAUCUGCUCCUGGUACUAUGCCUUAGUGGCCAUGCUGAUCGCCGGACUCAUCUAUAAAUAUAUUGAAUAUCGAGGAGCGGAGAAGGAGUGGGGCGAUGGGAUCCGCGGUCUCUCCCUCAGUGCGGCCCGGUAUGCUCUCCUGCGCCUGGAAGAAGGGCAGCCCCACACAAAGAACUGGAGGCCACAGAUACUGGUGCUUGUCCGCGUGGAUCAGGACCAGAACGUCGUCCACCCGCAGCUGCUGUCAUUCACCAACCAGCUGAAGGCCGGGAAGGGGCUGACCAUAGUGGGCUCCGUCCUGGAGGGCAUGUUCCUGGACAACCACCCCCAGGUCCAGCGGGCUGAGGAGUCCAUUCGGCGGAUGAUGGAGGCCGAGAAGGUGAAGGGUUUCUGCCAGGUGGUGACCUCCUCCAACGUCCGCGACGGCAUGUCCCACCUCAUCCAGUCCAGCGGUCUGGGGGGCCUCCAGCACAACACCGUCCUUGUCGGGUGGCCGCGCAACUGGCGCACCAAGGAGGACCACCAGACCUGGAGGAACUUCAUUGAACUGGUGCGAGAGACCACGGCCGGACACGUGGCACUACUUGUGGCCAAGAACGUGGCCAUGUUCCCCGCCAACACAGAGCGCUUCUCUGAGGGCCACAUCGACGUCUGGUGGAUCGUCCACGACGGAGGGAUGCUGAUGCUUCUCCCCUUCCUCCUGCGUCAGCACAAGGUUUGGCGCAAGUGCAAGAUGCGGAUCUUCACUGUGGCCCAGAUGGAUGACAACAGCAUCCAGAUGAAGAAGGACCUGACCACCUUCCUGUACCAUCUGCGCAUCACUGCCGAAGUGGAAGUGGUGGAGAUGCACGAGAGCGACAUCUCUGCCUACACUUAUGAGAAGACGCUGGUGAUGGAGCAGAGGUCCCAGAUCCUCAAGCAGAUGCACCUCACCAAGACGGAGCGCGAGCGAGAGAUCCAGAGCAUCACGGACGAGUCCCGUGGCUCCAUCCGGCGCAAGAACCCCACCAAUGUGCGGCUGCACCUCAGUGUCCCAGACGAACAAGUUGGCGACAACGAGGAGAAGCCCGAGGAAGAGGUGCAGCUGAUUCACGACAAGAACGCCACGGCCUUCUCCAGCAGCCCUCAGUCGCCGGAGGACGAAACGGAAGCAGAGGCCGAGAGUGAGGCGGCCCCUGAGAAGGUCCACCUGACAUGGACCAAGGACAAGGUGGCCGAGAAGAACAAGGCUUCCCAGAGCCCCGUCAGUCCCGAGAGCAUCAAGGACUUCUUCAACAUGAAGCCGGAGUGGGAGACCCUGAACCAGUCCAACGUGAGGAGGAUGCACACGGCGGUCCGGCUCAACGAGGCGAUCGUGAAGAAGUCCCAGGAUGCCAAACUUGUGCUGCUCAACAUGCCAGGACCCCCUCGGAAUCGCAAGGGCGAUGAGAACUACAUGGAGUUCUUGGAAGUGCUGACGGAGCACCUGGACCGGGUCCUGCUGGUACGCGGCGGCGGCCGGGAGGUGAUCACCAUUUACUCCUGAGAAGCCCUCUGUGCCCCUCGCCUGGAGACCCCUUGAGAGCUCCUCCUUGCCCCCUUGCCCCCAUGUCCCAGAGCGCAAGAAAGGAGCUGACGCCGUCACUCCUGCCCCCCUGUCCCCCAACCACCUGCCGGCCCCUGUCCCCUUUCUCCCCCUUUCUCCAUCCUGCUCCCUUGGUACCCGAACUGCAGCGCCAGGCCAGGCGCAUUUGAGCACCGAGGCAGCCGCUGCCUCCACCCAGCAGCAGAAGCACCACCACCGCUGUGUUGACCCACAGAUCGGACGCCGACUCUGGACUGACCCUCACAGUCGGACGGACGGACAGAUGGACCGACGGACAGAGCACCAUCGGCAGCUAAGUGACGCUUCCCGGCCCGCCCGGGGUGGCCGGAGACGUUGGCCGGGUCUGCUCCCCACCUGCUUUUCUAUCUCUUGUUGCCUUCUGUUGGAUGCACCCGCUCUUUGCCCCCAUUGCUGCCCCCCAUCUGCCAACCCAGUGCCACCCAGCUCCAGAUGGGGAGAGGCACCAGCCAUGGCUACCAGCAUGCUUUCCCUGCCAGUGCUGGCCUCUCCCCUCCUAUCCCCCUGCCUUUCACCCUUGACCCUCUUUCUGCCCACAGUGGAGGCCUCUUGUGCCACGGGGCCAAGGUUUGGGGUCUGCACCCCUUUACCUGAAGCUCUCUGAGAUGGGAGCGGGGCGUCUUGGCUUACUCCCUGUGGUCCCUCUUUAGGCCAUUUGCCCCUUUGGGCCUACAGUAGAUCCGCUUAUGGGUGACCGGUGGCACCAGGUCCAGAGAGUAUGCCUACUGCCCCAUGUCCUUCUCCUCUGCCCCCUGCAAAUAAUGCUGGGGGAAAGUGGCAGCUGAUUCCUCAGCCAUUUUGCACUUUCCAUCCCGUUGCCUCCUUCCCGGCUAAAGCCCCUCCAGGACAAAGGUGUGUGUCCAACCGGCCAAUCCUGCCCAGUUGUUGGCUUGGGGCUUCACCUGCUCCAGGGCCCCCCUUGCACUUUAGGACUGGGUCUUCCAGCCCCCAGGCCAUGCCACCCCAAAUGCCCCCCCCAACCUCAAGACUGAGUUGUGCCCCAGGGGCAGAGGGGCAGCUGUCCUGCCCCUACAGCCCCCUCUGGCACCCCCUCCCAUGCCCCAGCGCAAACCCUCUCCUCCCCUUCCUUGCCCUGGGACCCCACCUGCCUGGCCAAGGGCAGGGAAGCCCACCUGCCUGGGAACCCCUCGGGGGGCUUCCAUCCAGCUUCUCCCGUCCCUGUCCCCCCGCAUUGCUCUCCAUGAAGGACUGAGAAGUUUGGUGGGAUUCUGCUCCCCCAUCCCUCAUCUCCCCCCUCCCUCCUCCUCUUUAUACCAAAACAUGUUUGCAUGUGAGGCUGUUGGGACCCCCACCACCGUGCCCCCUCCCACAAGCUGUGGAGCUUUUAACCAAUGUGAAUAGUUCUCAGAAACCUGCUAGGACGCUGCCCCGGCUCCGGGGCAAAUGUAUAUACUGUACAUAGCACAGGACAUGUAUUUUUAAAGUGGUCAUAUUUAUGUGAAAAAGAAACCAGCUGAAGAAUAUACUAUACAGAGAAAGAGAGAUAAUGUAUAAUGUUUUGAGGGAUGUUUGGGGAGCCCUGGAAGGCCAUAGAGGCCUGGGGCUUGGGGAUGAUGCCAAUGAUGAUGAUGAUGGAUGAUGAUGAUGCCGCAGCUGCCUCCUCGGGGGAAGCCGGUAGCCAGGACUGAGCCUGGACCUUGCAAGCGUCCAGCACUCGCAUGCAAGUGGUUUCCCAAGGACUUUUUCUUGUGGAUGGUGGCGGCGGCAGCCGAGCCGGUGUCUGCUCCCCUUGUGUGCACUCGUUCUCUCUUUGGCUUUUACUCCUCCUCCUCCUCCUCCUCCUCCUUGUUCUUCUUCUCCUUCGGGUUCUUCUUUUUCAGGGAAAAGGGCCAGAACAACCUGAACCGAUUUUGCAGCAGAUCUGAGCUUCCACUCCAAAGUGCUGCCUGCUAAGUUUCCAACUCUCUGUGCCCCACAUGCCCCUCACCUCGCCCUGCGCAACCUGGGUUCAGCCCCUCUGCUCUUUCCCCCAUUGUCUCUUUGGCAAGUGGGGAAGGGGAUGCUGGGGUCUGGGGUCCUGGAGGAAGCUGCUCCUGCUUCUCUUCCUGGGUUGGGCAGAAGGCACCGCUUCUUGUUACUUCACUUGCACGUCUGCACAUGCACACACACACAUACAAACACACGUGUCUGGCUUACCCAUCCCUCCAAAAGUUAGGCCCGUGCCUGGGGAAGUUAACCUUGGUCCCACCAUGUACCUCUUUCUCCCUGCACAGUGUGUGCCAACAGCCCCUCUCCCCAAAUACUGUGGGGCAUCGCACCCUGAGCCAUGCGUCAACCACAGCCUUCUCCUUGGCUAGCUAGAAAGGGGGGUCCCACCCAUGGCAACACUAGGGCGCCCCCUCCCCAGUUGUCACCUCAUCUCUCAACCCAGUGUUGCAUGCCUUGACCCCUUCCCCCAAUACCCCAGCCCACCUCCCUUUUAGGAGAGGGCCCCGCUUAGCAGGCGGCACCACAUGCUAGUUUACACCCCACUUCUUACCCGCACCUGGUUUGGCCCCUGUGGGUGCUGCUCUCCCCUCCGGUCCACACCUGGGGAGGACCCAGAGACAGCCUCACCCCCCAACUGAGAAAGCAGGACCUGUACCCGCGCAGGAGGAGGGGCACACAGCUCCGUCAGCGCCUGGCCCUGGCACAGAAACAGCAAGAAAAAUUGGAGAGGGGUCCAACCAAGCCCCUGGCCUGACCAGUGUUCCCAGCACUCUGCAAGCUGGAAAGAGAGCCCUGAGCCCCACAGUCCCUUGCUGCGCCAUCCGGGCCCACAAGGUCCUCCCACCGGCGUCCAGUCCUGCCCCAUGUCCCUUGCUGACUAGAGAAGUGGGGCAGCUGGCAAGUCCCAUUGGUCAGGGAUGCUGCUCCACUUCCUGCUGCUGCUGCUGCUCAAAGGGAUGGGAACCCAGAGGCCCACAUUUGUGUUGGUUAAAAGACACUCCUUCCUUCCUUCCUUCCUUCCUUCCUUUCUGUGCUCCAUGUGCAAUCUCUUUGUUAUGAAUGUUCCUCACCAGUCGGCUCACCCAGUAACCUUUAUAACCGAUCACCGUAGCUAACCUGUUUUUCCGUCCAUCCAAGUGACUUUGAUUCAAGUGCAAUACUUCGAUAGCUAUAUCGUGAGCUUGUCCAUAGGCUUUCUGUUCUAGGGAACAUGUGUGCAAAAAGCAGCGCCAACCCCUUUACUCCUUGUAAAUAAACCAGGUUGCACAUCCAAAGGAACGCGCGUGCAUUAAGCUUGCCUUUACUUGGCGUGAGUGUUUCCGUGGCCCGUCCAGGCUGCCCGGGUCCUGCCCCCGAAUAACGCUGUUCUCUGUGCCGAUAGAUAUCUAUCUCCGAGGGGUCGUGGCCCCUCCUUUGGUUGCUUGUGUUGACGCUUCUACUGUACUUUUAGUUUAUUUUUUAGACUCCUGUCUGCACAAAAUGCAAUAAAAGGAUUUUAUUACACCCUUCA